AUGAGAUGUUCUAGAUUUAUUAUUCCGCUAGCAUUCUUAUCAGUAUCAACCUUAUCAGCAUACGCAAAUAAUGACAAAGACGAUUAUUCAGUUGGAGCUGCAGUUAUAGCCGAAUCACAACCUAUCAAAGAUCAACAACACGACAAAUCAACAAAUAAAUUAGGAGUUAGUUCGUUAGAGGAUGAAGACAAUCAUCCAACACCAGAUCAUUUGAAAAAGCCUUUGGAUCCAUAUAAUAAUGGUGGCAGAACUAGUGAUCAUCAACCGGAAAAUGAUUUACCAGCAGAAUCUGGUAAUUAUAAUGCAUUUUUAAUGUCAAUUUCCAUGAUCGUUGUUUCAGAGAUUGGUGAUAAAACUUUUUUAAUAGCGGCUUUAAUGGCUAUGAGGAAUUCAAGAAUAAUAGUAUUUUCAUCAGCAUUUAGUUCGUUAGUUGUUAUGACUAUAUUAUCAGGUAUUGUAGGUCAUGCAUUACCAAGUUUAAUAUCACAAAGAAUCACUCAAUUUUUAGCAUCAAUUUUAUUUGUUGUCUUUGGAUUUAAAUUAUUAAAAGAAGGGUUAAGUAUGUCAAAAGAUUUAGGAGUUGAAGAAGAGUUAGCAGAAGUUGAAGAAGAAAUUGCAUCAAGUAAAAUCAAUUCACAAUUGAAUGAUAUAGAAGGAGGUAGAAGUUCACAACCACAAGUACAAUCUCAAUUGAAUACAAAACAAUGGAUUAAUGAAAUCGGUCAACAAAUUCAAAAUUUAGCAUCAUUUGUAUUUACACCAGUAUGGAUUCAAGUAUUUGUUAUGACAUUUUUAGGAGAAUGGGGAGAUAGAUCACAAAUCGCAACAAUUGCAAUGGCAGCAGGUUCAGAAUAUUGGUUUGUUAUAUUAGGUGCAAUAAUUGGUCAUGGUUUAUGUACUGCUGCUGCAUGUAUUGGUGGUAAAUUCUUAGCUAAAAAGAUAUCAAUGAGAAAUGUCACUUUAGGUGGUGCAAUUGCUUUCUUCGUUUUUGCUAUAUUGUACUUUUAUGAUGCUUAUUAUAAUGUUGAAGGUUGA